CAGGGUAUAAGGUUAAGAGUUUGACAACUUAAACGAGGACAUAUAUCCAUAUCCCAUGGGGGCUAGCUUCCAAAAAUAAGUCGAGCUAAAAAAACGCCUAAUUUAGCGCGGAAUCAAAAACAGACUUUUUCUCUUGUCUUGGUCUUCCGGGCGACUUAAAUGGCUUAAAGGACCUAAGGUUUUUUUUUUUCGUUACAUAUGCCGUGCAGCAGUUGACAUACCCCAAGUUCCCCAAGUAUUUCUUUUGAUCCUUCCGAAAAUUUCUUCCCCUACUGUACUACCAAGCCUCUCGAGAACUUCCCGAUUACCACGUGUGCGCGGUCUUUUUCUUGCCGAAAGUAAAAUACAUAUUUAAUACACCAGCCACAGCCCAUCACUUGGAGCAAAUUUUUUUUUAAGCUUGCCAAAAGACCCCUUGGUCCAAUUCGUCCAACCAUAACAGCUCGAGACGACCCCGCGAUUCCUCCCGAUUGGACUGUGGCUCGGACUUUGAUCGGUGGCACCGCAUCAGCGCCAUUGCCUCAAAGAUUUUUCUUUCCCUUGCUUGUGACGCUGCGGGAUCAAAACUUUUUGUUAUUAAGUAACCAGAGCAUCCAGCACCGCCUGGUCUCUUUCCCCCGCCUUCUCUGAUCAACAUGGGCGACAUGGCGAACGAAAUCAAGCUGCUCUCGGGUAACAGCCACCCGAGCUUGGCCAAGGCCGUAGCCGAUCGGCUCGGCGUUGAGAUCGCAAAGACGAUGAGUUUGAAUUAUUCAAAUCAAGAAACGAGCGUUACAGUCGGCGAGUCAGUUAGAGACGAAGAUGUCUUCAUCUUGCAAUCCACCGCACCGGGUGACAUUAACGAUGGCCUGAUGGAGCUUCUCAUCAUGAUCCACGCCUGUCGUACAGCCUCCGCCCGGCGCAUCACCGCCGUCAUACCUAAUUUCCCCUACGCCCGGCAGGAUAAGAAGGAUAAGAGUCGUGCGCCUAUCUCGGCCAAGCUUAUCGCCAAUAUGCUGCAGACCGCCGGUUGCAACCACGUCAUCACGAUGGACCUCCACGCCUCCCAGAUCCAAGGCUUCUUCAAUGUCCCCGUGGACAAUCUAUACGCCGAACCCAGCGUCUUGCGAUGGAUUCGGGAGAACCUUGCCGGUCAAGAUACGGUUAUUGUCAGCCCGGACGCUGGUGGUGCAAAGAGGGCUACAUCCAUAGCCGACCGUCUCGACCGUGGCUUUGCGCUUAUCCACAAGGAGCGCCCACGUCCCAAUGUCGUGGGUAGGAUGGUGCUCGUCGGUGACGUAGUAGACAAAGUUGCAAUUCUAGUUGACGACAUGGCCGAUACUUGCGGUACUUUGGCCAAAGCAGCAGCUACCGUCAAAGACCACGGCGCCCGCGAAGUCAUCGCCGUCGUCACCCACGGCAUCCUUAGCGGCGAUGCCAUCACCACCCUCAACAACAGCUGUCUGAGCCAGAUCGUCGUCACGAAUACCGUGCCCCUCGGCGACAAGGUUCAACGGUGUAAGAAGCUCCGGGUCAUCGACGUGAGUCCUACGAUAGCCGAAGCUAUCCGACGGACUCACAACGGAGAGAGUGUUAGUUUCCUAUUCACACAUGCUCCGCUAUAAUAUAUCUUUUACUCGCACGAGCACGAGUCGAGCAGAAGAAGAAUGUGGCAGGUAAUAAUCCUGCUAAAGAUACGCGUGCGCUAUUAGAGGAUUGAUUAAGGUGGACUCCACGGUUUCGGGAGUUUGAAAUUGCAUUUUGGGAACCGUUUAUGCGAAGAGCCAAGACUGGGACGCCGUAGAGCAUAAAUUUGAGGUCAUAUAAGUACGGAGUUUAUUAUUUAUUAUACUGCAUUUGACUACGGGAUAUACAUGCAUCAUGUACUACAAUUUUGGCUAUUUCUAGCCUGGGUUACGGCGAAUUUGGAAGAACAUGUUUGGGAUAAAGAGGCAUUAUGUCACAUAGCAUCAUGAGUACCCAUACGGGGUCAUAGCAUAAACAACCCUGGAAAGAUAGAAAUAAAGCGGCGGCUUGGGAAUCUUCAU